AAUUUAAUGAAUAUUGGUUUCUAUUCAGUGAAAGUAAAGCACUGCAGCUUGUAAAUGCUAAUUAGGAGCUGGGAAUGUUGGUACAUGUAAUAUCUACUGGUAGAUAAUCAAACUAUAGAUGGGAAUCAGUAGCUUAGUAGUGAAAGCGGUUCUCAUUGAUGAAUUUUUGGCUAUGUGUAAACUGUUAAAGACUUCUUGAUUUGCUAUAAAUAUUUGUGCUUUUCAUAGACCCGUUACAGUCACAUUGAGGAAGAUGAAACUACCAAACGUACCUGGAAAUAAAUGCAACAGGUCUAUUACUUAAAUGUAAAGCUGUAAAUCAUACUUUGGGAAUUACUUUGUUUCCCAUUAGCAUCAGGUAGCAGCAGAAGCACUUGCAGGUACUAAAACUCAAGAGCAAUUGAAAUAAGUAAUACAACCAAUGUCGGUAAUGAAAUGUAUUUAGUUGUCAGUUGACGCAGACCUCAAAUGUUUCAUUGAGACUAGAAUUGAAAUACAGAACCAUACAAUAAUUUUUAUCAAGUCUUAUUUAUAAAUGUAGAUUUCGAAAAGUAUAUCUACCUAGCGAUCUCAGAGGCUUUUGAUAAUGGAAUUUAUUUAUUUUGAUUUGUUUUUAAAGCAGCUAUAAAAAGCAAUAACAAUAUGAAGUAAUAAUUCAGCACAUGUGAUUAAGAUGUAAAAAAAUGUGCAUCAUAACAGAAGACGGUCUAGAUUAGUAAUCUAGACAAAUAAGUAUCCUUAUUUUUCCUUUUUGUUAAUUGUUUGGAAACUUUGUAUAUAUUAUUCAAAACAGGUUUAAUACAAAAAAAUCCCAAAGUAAAUGUUUUAGAAUAGGAAAAGAGUAAAGCAGGGACCAAGAAUAAACAAAACUUAUAUUCUUUCCUGAAAAUGCCAUUUUGAACAGGCAUAGGAUGCUAUCAUUUUAACACUUGCUCUUUAAAAACAAAAAAACUAAUAAAUGUGUAUAAACAUACAAUGAUCAUUGCUACAGUAUUGUGCGUGAAAUAUGCAAGGGGAUGGGUUUGGUGAUUAUUUUUUUUCCAUUUCCUCAUACACUGGAUUUUCCCAAGUGAGCAGAUAUAUUGCUCGACUACCUACAGGUCUGGGUCAUUUUGAUGAGGACUAACAGGACAAACUAAACAUGUGGUCUUAUCUGAUAGCCGGAGUUUUCAUGCUUUUCCUCAAGGAUGCUUUGACAGAACAGAAGCUUAGGGGCUGUUUGACUAAUGAUGAACUCAUGCACCAGGAAAAGAAGUUACUGCGGCGGGCAGGCAGACACAUCGAUCUCAGGGCUGCACCUUCUGUGUCUGCCGCGUCCUGCCAGGAUUUCACACACUUGGUCUUCUCAUCUGAACUAAAGAACCGAUCACUCUCUCCAUGGCGAUUAAAAUUUGAAACCAAUAAUCAUCUGAUCCCUUCAGUCUAUGAAGUGGCUGAGUGUCUGUGUUCCGGCUGCAUCAUUAACGGCUCGGAAAACACCGACUACAACUCCGUCCCGGUGAUGCGGGAGAUGAUGUUCCUCAAGAAAGUCUCAUGUCCAGCUGAUCCGGAUAAAUACUCUAUUAAUAUCGUGUAUAAAACACUUCCGGUCGCCUGCACGUGCGUCGUGCCCAGACAAUAACCUCUUGUGGAGGCAUUAAAAUGUUAACCCGGACCAAAAAAUUAUGUAGAGACAUGUCUCAUAUACGGUUGUGUUUGUUUUAAAAUGCAAAUUUGUUUAAAUUUGUUGUUUGUGUAAAAAAAAGCACUGCAUGCUAUGCUUAUAUUGAUAAGCUCCAUAUAAAUUGCAGUUUAGUACAUACACUAUGUGGUACAUACACUACUGUAUACAUCAAUAUAUACAAAUAUUGCUUUAUUUAUGCGAUAAUUUAUUUACUAUUUAUUUAAAUUAUUUUACAAGGUUUCACGUUUGUUCUUAAAGCUUUUUUUAUUUAAUAUGUAUUAUAGAAUUUCUUAUUUUGUUUCUGGGCAUUGUAAUGUUUUGAAUAUGCACAUAACGUUUUAAUGUAUGUAGCGUAUUGAAUCUAAUAAAAAUCAUACAACCUGA